AUGUCUUUCAUGUCCAUUCCACUACUAGCUCUAGCGAGCGCCCCUAUCAUCUACCUUCUCCUACGGCUACAACGAUGGUUUGAAGACAGAGGCAAGCUCCCAUUACCUCCGAAGCCGCCAGGCGUUCCAUUGCUGGGCAACGCGCUGGGUGUCAUCGGGUCGACGAAAACAAGCUCCCAGCACCUUCUCUUCGGACAAUACGCUCGAGACCAUGGCGAGAUUGUUCGUGUUCAGGUUGGCCCUUUUACACAAUACUUCAUCAACAGCGACGAAGCGGUCAAAGCCAUCUUCGACAAAGCUUCUGCCGCUACCUCUGAGCGGCCGCGUUGGAUCGUCAGCAACGAGCACAUCUGCGACCAGAAGAAUGUUUUGUUGCUAAAUGCAAGUCACCCGCGAUGGAAACAGCAGAGAAAGGCUAUUCUACAGGGCAUGACCAGCGUUCCACGUGCUGAUGCUGGGCUUGAGUAUCUGCACUUUGAAACCGCAAAGUUCCUGAAGCAGGUCGCCAAUGAUAACAGGCUAGCUGGUGACAGCGUGGGACUGUUCAAUGGGAUUGGCCGGUAUACAUACAGCGCGUUCUCAAGUCAAACGUUUGGUAUGGACAUACCAGACGAGAAAGACCCGGCAAUCGAAUAUAUCUUUCGCAGCGGACUGGACCAGAUUCUUGGAACACUGCCUGGCUCACACCUCGUCGAUAUACUACCAGUCUUAGACAGAUUGCCUCUUUUCCUCAAGCCUUGGGAAAGGAAGGGAAAGGUAAUCUUUCAAGACAACAAGAGAUGGUGUGACGAGCGUUUGUGGCGAGUCGAGAAAGCCAUCGAGGCGGGUACAGUGAAAGACUCAUUUCUGGCCCGGAGGCUGCAAGACGAGAAGGGCAUGAGUUUCGAUGACCGUUCUGAGGCCGCCUACCUCGCCUUUAUGCUCAUCAUCGGCGCUGCAGAUACUUCAAAGAUGUCAUCAUGGUCAUUCAUCGAGGCAAUGAUGCGGUUCCCCGAUGUUCAAGCCAAAGCGCUGGCGGAGAUCGAAGCUGUCGUCGGAGCCGCAGACCGUCUACCAGUCUACGAAGACCUCGAGUCAAUACCAUACGUCCGCUACCUGAUGAAAGAGCUCUGGCGUUGUCGUCCACCCGUUGCACUCGGUCAUCCCCACAUCACCACUAAGGAGCUGAUUUAUAACGGCAUGCGUCUGCCUGCCGAAUCUCGCAUUCAUCUUAAUGCCUGGGCUAUAGGGCACGACCCCAAUCGUCACCUCGAUCCAGAGCGCUUUUGGCCUGAACGCUACGACGGAGAUCUAACGACGAGCGAGCAGAGCAAGAACUCCACCGACGUCAAGGACCGCGAUCACUUCGCUUUCGGGUCUGGGCGACGUAUCUGUCCAGGUUAUCAUGUCGCUGAGCGCUCCCUGGCGAUUGCUAUCAUGCGAUUGGUGUGGGCUUUCGAGAUUGUACCAGCGCCAAAUGCUAAAUUGCCGCUUGAUCCGAAGGAUUAUCCUGGGGAGAUGCCUGGAAAUCCUGGAGAGCAAAUGCCUGUUUCUCUGAAGGUUCGCAGCGAGGCAAAGAGAAAGGUCAUCGACGACGAGUACGCAAGGGCGGAGGCUUCCCAUCCUGACAUGGAACCUUUGACACAUGACGGUUGGUCUUGGAAAUUUUGA